GCCGGAGGAGGAGGCGGGGGCGGCGGCGGCGGCGGCGGCGGCGGCAGCGGCCGCGGCGGCCGGCGAGGGAGGCGAGCCGAGCUCUAACGGGGGCCCCGCGGCCCAGCCCAGCGGUGAAGGAGCCAUGUCUGACCAGGAGAGAAUUCAGGAAUGUCUGAGGAAGGAGAUACGGUCCCUCCUCAUCUCUACCAAAGAUGGUUUGACCCCACAGCAGCUGGAGAGGGAGUACCUCUCAAUGGUUGGUAAUCACCUGCCUCUUCGAAUUCUUGGUUAUCGGUCCACCAUGGAGCUGGUAUUGGAUAUGCCUGAUGUGGUAAGCGUCUGCCCCUGUGGUGAUGGCACCGUCAUCCUUAAAGCCAUUCCAGAUGAAACCACCAAAGGAAUAGCAAGUUUGGUUGCAAAACAGAGGAGUAGUAACAAACUUCGCAAUUCAUCACAGAAAGGAAGGGCAAAUGUUGGUUCUAGUUCUGGCUCUCGUCGGAGACUACCUUACCGAGGAAGGAUACCUCCCAUUCUUCCAGCUGUGGUAAAGAGUGAGCUAAGGGACCUCUUGGCUUUUUCACCAAUACUCCUUUCUGAUUUUGAAAAGGCUUUUGCAAAACGAUUUGGACGAUCAUUCCAAUACAUGCAAUAUGGAUUUCUUUCUAUGUUUGAAGUGCUGAGUGCAGCUUCAGAUAUCAUUGCUGUUGAGCAGACCAGGGCAGGUUCUUUGUUGACCUUAAAGCGAAAUCUACCAAGUGAUCAGAAGAGGGGAUUACCUGCAGGUAAAACACCACAAGUUGGAACAAAACAACCCAAAUCAUCCUCCAUGCUAGCACCUAUAAUGAGGACACAUUUACCAGAACCUGCCUCAGCUAAUGAGCCACUGAAACAGCCAUCAUAUCCUCUGAAAAACACAGAAUUGAAUGGCAUGGAGACAUCUUUGGAUCAGUCAGAGAAAUUGAACCAGCUGGAAAAUACAUUCAAAUCAGUGAUUGCACAAAUUGGACCAGGAGGGACCAUCAAUUCAGAACUAAAAAAGAAAAUAAAAUUUGUUGCAUCCAAAUUUCCAAAAGGAUUGCUUAUUUCUAAGCUACUUGGAGAGUUUGAGGCAGUUUUUAAAGAGCCACUUUCACCUAAGAGAUUGGGAUUUUUAAAUGUGGCAGAGCUUGUUGGAUCUCUUAGUGACAUUCUCCAUGUUGAGUUCAGGGAAGGGGAACAAGACUUGUUGGUAUUUGAUGCAGAAAUGAAGAAUUUGACAACAGAUAAGAAAAUAGAAGGCAAAGCCAGUCCCCCCCGGAAUUCCUUGUCAUCUCUGGAUAUUAAGGAUACUGCCUGGAAUUGUUCGGUGGAAAAGCAUAGAGAUAUAGAAGAAAAGGUCUGUAAGAAAUUUAACCUGGUCACAAAGCCUGUGCCUUUGCAUAUGGGAAUGAAACAAUCACAGCUCAACUUGGAGAUGUCAGGAUAUGAGAUCCCACCAGAUGCUGUGCAGAACAGAAAACUUUGCAGCCUUCCGCCAUUAGAUAGCAGUACCCUCGUAGGGGUCUUUGUAGAGUAUAUAAUCUCCCCCAGUCAGUUUUAUAUCCGAAUCUAUAGCAGGGAUUCAUCAGAGUUACUUGAGGAUAUGAUGAUUGAAAUGAGGCGCUGCUAUUCCAAUCAGCUAGUAUCUGAUCGUUAUAUCAUGCCAGAAUCUUUUAUCCAGCCUGGCCAUCUCUGUUGUGUAAGGAUUUCUGAGGAUAAGUGGUGGUACCGAGUCAUAAUUCAUCGAGUUCUUGGGAAACAGGAAGUUGAGGUGUUUUACCCAGAUUUUGGAAAUUUGGGAACUGUUCAGAAGUCUUCUCUGAGGUUUCUCAAGUGCUGCUACAUCAAGCUUCCUGCACAGGCCAUUCCCUGUUCCCUGGCAUGGGUGAGACCCAUAGAGGAGCAUUGGACACCCCAAGCAAUUUUACAGUUCCAGAAGCUGUGUGGCUUGAAGCCAUUGGUAGGGGUAGUGGAUGAAUAUGUCGAUGGAGUUCUCAACCUCUUUCUGUGUGACACAUCCUCAAAUGAAGACAUCUAUUUCCAUCAUGUCCUGAGAGCAGAAGGCCAUGCCAUUGUCUGCCGAGAAAAUGUCCCAUCUAAGGGUUUCAGAGAGCUCAAUCCCUUAGCCUUGUAUACAAAAUGCAGUCCAAGGCCUGAAGAACCUGGUUUGACAGAAUUGGGUCUUCCUUCCCAGCAACAUUACUUUAAUGAAGAUCGAGAAAUAACAAGCCCAGAAAAUGAAAUGGUACCUCCUAGAGACAUCGGUGACCAAAAGCCUAUGAACUACCUGGACCCUGAAACUGAGGCGCCAUUUCUAAGUUCAGACGUAGUUUCAUCAGAAACCCAAGAUGAGGAUUGUAAAGAAAACCAAGAGCUAGAGUAUCCUGUUGAGAUGCCAUACCUUGAGUCAGUGUCUAUAGGUGAUGAUGUGUGGGAUGAAAACUGGUUGCCUCUUCAGACUGACCGAGAGAAGAGAAGUGGGGAUGCCUCACUUUUAUUUACAUCAGGACUUGCUGGAAGGAAACCAUGUCAGCCAUGCAAAGAAUCACUGCAGAAGGGUUGGUGUUCUGCUGCUGAAGAGCUAUGGAAUGCUGCAUGGCAACAUUCAGAGUCUGAGAAUGACAUGAAGAUUGAACUUAAAACAUCUGAAUUCCAAGAACAGGAUGCUCAGGAAACUAACACGGAUACUACCAAGAAUCACAAGGAAAAUGACCUUUGGAUGGGAAAGGACAGAACAAAAAUGACUAAUAGAGAAUUGAUACCCAAGAUAAGUAAGGAGAUUAUAAAACAGCGCCUAGCUGCCCUUGAUGAAUUCAAGACACCUGGCCGAAAUAAACUACAUCCUCAGCAACUAAACCUAGAAGAUUCUUCAGAUUCUUCCACAUUGUCCAAAUCAUUGGAAGAGUUCUACAUCUCUCUGAUCCAUUCUCAGCAGUCAACAGAAUUGAACCAUUCUGAGCCUGGUCGAAUUCAGACUCUGCCAAAGCAAAUCCAGCUUUCAACAGCAGCACUUACCUGUAAUUUACUUCCCACAGUGGUUGAUUCUCAGGAGAAGCACACUGGUUUAAAGGAAACCACUCCAGGAAAUAUGAAGAAUGAGGAUUUCUCUAGCAACCAUGCCCUUACAAUGUUCAAAGAUACCACCUGUGCCCAACAGGGAUCCAUGGAACAGAUCUCUUUUAUACUCUCUCCUGAGCACAGUGUGUCCCAGAAACUCUUCAUCCCUCGAAGCACAGCAACGGCAGCAUUGGGAGCUGCAGCACGCCUAGCCAUGUCUAGCAGCCUUCUCCAUUGGUAUCCCAGAUUAAGAAGAAUGGAAGCAUGAAGGGAGGGGAAAGGAAAAAACUAAACUAGAUGGGGUAAAUGAGUUAGGCCUUAGUAUUCUCCAUAUACAAAAUGAAGAAGCACCAAGGCAAAAAGACUUUUGAUAGUUGAUAGAUCCUGCCUUUUCCUUAUUGUGUGACUGUAUGUUGGCUCUCUUAUGCAAACAGUCCACUUUGCCUUACAAAAUAGGCAGUUGAUGUUACUUUUUUUAGUAGAGAUACUUGUUCUUAUGCUAUAUGGUUAUGUUGAUGUUACUUUUUAAGUGAUUUAAACUGAUGGUUAUUUAGUGGUAACCCUAUAAAUUUUUCUUUUGACAUAUCUGAAAAAGAAGAAAUUGGUAAGGUUUUGUGAUCCAUAUGUAGGAAGAAGAAAAUCUCUUCCUCCUCCUAUAUUGAGAAAUGAGAGGUCUAAAUUUUUUUUCCCAUUGUUAAAUUUGAUUUUUUUUUUAAGUGAAAAGAAGUGAUAAUUCAAGGCUCCAACCCUUACCUUUAUUGGCUCUGCCACUUUAUAUUAAAACAUUUUCCAUUCUCAGUAACAAAACCUAUAUUCUUUGGAGGUAUUUUAAGGGGGCUCAGUUUAUCUCACUUGGAUUUUUAAAUUGAGAUCAUACAUUUUGUUGUGUAGGAAAAUCUCUUGAGGAAUGAAAACUUAGCUGAGAUACCUCCUUUAACUAUUGCUGCUGUAAACCAGAAAUAUAUAAAGAAAAACCUAGUGAGGGUUCUUAAGUGGUACAGUUUUAGCAUUUGUAAAAAAUACACUCUUAAGCCAGGCAGAUUCUGUGACUUGCCUUUUGACAUUCCAUUUAGUUCAUAGAAAAAUGGUAUCAGGACUUUUGAACUAAGAAAAACAAUGCUAGUUGUUCUUCAUGGUAAAAUAUAUUUUCUCCCAAAUUGACAUCUGUUUUGCAGUUUUGAAAAGAAUUCUUUUCCUCCACAUAUUCUUCCCCUCUGACAGGCUACAGUAGGCAGCAUAAGCUAUACAAGAAAUGCAAGAGCAGUUGAAGCAGCUCGUUGAAUUAUCUUGUCAGCUGCAAGGAAAAGGCACUAAACCUUUUGGGUGGCUAUUACCAUGCUUCCAAGGAGAAAAUUAAGGCACAGGUCAAUUAGGUUCAACUCUGGUCCAUAACUUGGAGUGACUUAAACGAUUUCCCAUCAGUUUUAUUACUAAAUAUCAGUGGAAGGAAUUACUUACAUAAAUAUUAUAUUCCACUUCAAAUAAGAUUAUUGAUCAUCAAAACUCCUUUCUUAAGCAAUACACAGUAAAUGAGGUGGGGGGAAGCAACCCAAUAAUACUUUGGAUGCUGAUAAUACAAGUUUAAAAUGUUUUAAAAUGUUGUAAAGUUUUGAAAAAAACAUUUUGCUAUUAAAUACAGGGUCAUUAUCAGGAUGAUAAUAUUUAUACUUUUGUAUGUAUUUUUUAAAUUUUACUGGUGGUUGGCACAACUGUCUAAACUAAAAUGGACGCAUUGUAAUUUUAGCAACUAUACACAAGGAAACUUAUGAGUCAUAAACAAUAUGAGUCAGUGGUCAAUUAACAGCAUUUGUGUUGUGUGACUAUUUGGACAUGAUUUGAUGUGGGUGGGAGAAUUCCCAGUGUUAAACAUAGGUUUCAAUAGUUUUCCAAAUGUAAUGAUGGGUUUCCAAGGGUUUAACAGCUUAAGGAAUGAUGAUCCUUAGAAUUUUCCAUGUGAGAGAAAGAACCAAGUAAGGAAGAGUAUUCAUUAAUGUCCUCUUACCAGCUCUGGUAUCUAAUUUCCUUAUCUGUAUUUUAGUGCUUUAUACUUUUAAGUUACUGAUAGAUUUUCCUCUGUAGAUAAGAGUUCAUAAAGCAAAUGUUGAGCUGCUAAAAUUAUUGUCCUUUAAAUAAUACAACAAAAGUACCAGUAAAAGCUCUGCCAAAAUGUGAA